AAAAAAGCAUAGCAGUGCACACACAGGUCUGGUCUGCUCCGGGGAUUAUCCUAGUGCUUUCAGAUCUGAUGGAGGACAUGCAGGCAUGAAUAGGGCAGUUCUGUUGUCAGUGCGAGCUCAUGCCAGUGAUGGACUACGGCCGGAGCGGCGCUAAGCUUAGCUGGCAUUCAUGAAACAGCAUUCCUCCUUACUGAGACCAGCUCCACAGAAUGCUGAGUCCCAUUGUCCCCUAUAGUCUGUUAAAGAUGCACUGGAAUCCAGAGCAUGCCCAGUCCCUCAGCCAGUGGCCUGAGCAGCACCUGGAUGUCUCCUCUACCACCUCUUCUCCAGCCCACAAGUCAGAAUUCUACUCUGGCCGCGGCCGCAGUUCCUACAACUACGCCUGGGCCAAUGAUGACAUCUCUGCCCUCACAGCCUCCAACCUGUUGAAGCGCUAUGCUGAGAAGUAUGCUGGUGUGCUGGACUCACCAUAUGACCGGCCUCCUACUGUGGGCGCCUAUCCAGAGCCAGGGGCCUUUGGAGGCCUCAACGGCCAGAAGACUGAACUGGAGCCAUGGCCUCUGACGCACAGCACUGAUGCCUCCUAUACCUUGGUUCCCCCUGGAGGCCACGAAAGCCUUUCAGGCUCCAAGACUGUAGCCACAUCCGCAGGCCCUCCAGGGGUUAACAGUGUGUCAGUAGUGAACAGUAACCUCUCAGACUCUGGCUACAGUGGCAGCAGCUCUUGCAGUGGUUCCGGUGAUUAUCCCGCAAGCUACAGUGGCACCUACCUUUCGUCAGGGUUCUGCCCACAACCCAGUGCAGCACUUCCCCCUGCCUCCCUCCACACUCUCCAAUCCACACCCACUCUGGUGCCCAGUUACAGCCCUACCACACCAGUCUAUAACUACCCACCCAACACAUACCCUCCUCAGACCAGUCUUGCCCCCAGCUACAGCCACUCCUCUACUACUUACCUCCCCUCAGGUCUGCCAGCACCUACUCCUGUCCCGUCUCGGCCCACAGUUGUAGGAGGCAGCUACAGUUACCAGAGCGCCAACCUUGGGGCAUCUGAGUCUGGAGAAACAUUGAAGAGAAAAGCCUUCGAGAUGAGCUUAGAAGAGGAUGACAGUGGGGACAGGUCUCGAUACAGGAAAUAUAGCUAUGACACUUUGAAAGCUGGAGCAAACUCUCCCUACAGUGUCAAUGACAAAACUGAGUGCAGAGGAAAUGGGUUUAGCAGUUCAGGCAGCACAGACCCUCAAUCUUUCAAGCCAAGCAAGCCCUCCUCCCAGCCUCUGGUGUCCCCUCAGUUUGGGGCAGGGGGUGAUUACAGCCCUCCUACAGGUAUGACGGGGGAGAAUGCCGUGACGGAGCAAGCCUUCACCCAGCUGCAGCAGCACCGCUCCCAGGCAAUCAAACGCCCUCCACUAUGUACUCCAACUGUUGAAAGGAUGAAGAGCCCAGACCCGCGACUGCUCGAGCUUAUCAAUGGGGAGUUGCUGGACUGCAGCCCAGCACUGAACUGGAGUGAACUGGUUGGGCUUACUCAUGUCAAGGCUGCCCUUGAGGAGGAUCUGCUGUGGCCCGUGUUGAGGCCAAGUCCAGUGGUGCGGCCACCAAAAACCGUCCUGCUGUUUGGCCCCAGAGGAGGGGGCAAGACAACACUGACUCGUUCACUGGCCUCACAGUUGGGGGCCUCCUUUUACCGUCUGAGUGGAGCCAUGCUGGCCUCUAAAGGGAAGAUGGAGGCAGAACACAUUCUGCACUCUCUGCUACAGGUGGCAGCAGCACGGCAACCCUCAGUGGUGCUGCUUAGUCAGGUGGAGGCCAUGGAGGAGGAGGAGGGGCUGAGGCAGUUACUGCUGACUACCCUGGAUAAAGCCCAGGUGGGUACUACAGGUCUGGUUAUUCUUGUAUGUGCCACUGGAAGGCCAGAUCUACUGCAAGAUGCAAUUCAUCGGAGCUUCGCCAAGCGAUAUCACGUUGGCCUGCCAGAUGCGGGUAUGCGCCGUCAGGUGCUGCUGCAGGCGCUGACGCCGCAAGGCUGCAGCCUGAGCGAGAGGGAGCUGAGCACUGUGCUGCAGCGCACAGAGGGCUUCUCUGUGUGGGAACUGCUGCAGCUUAGCCAGCAAGCACUCUCCUCAGCCACCUCCUCAACCCGAGGCAUGCACGGUCUCGCCACAUCCCCCAAACCCCCUGACUUCACAGACUUUGAGAAUGCCUUCUGCAAGGUGCGGCCAGAUGCCACAACGAAAGAACUGGACACUUGUACAGAGUGGAGCAAGAUGUAUAGCCACUGAGAGGGCAGCCAGCUAAAGUACUUGGACUGCACUACAACUCUGUCUUUGCUUUGAAAUAGAAAGCCUUGGGAAUGUUUUGUUGUUGUCUUUUAAUUACAGAUUAUGCAGCCAAAUGAGCCAGAGAAGCUCAACGAGGGGAGUGCUGACAAACUUGUUUUGUUUUGUUUUGCUCAGAAUACCCACUAUAUUUUAUUUUUCCCAAAGAAAGUAAAGGUAAAUAAGCCUUGUUGAGGGAGGAAGUGUAUUAGUCGUUAGGCCAACGGGAAAAUCAGAUAGCUGUUUGGAUACUGACCGAGGUCCUGAUUAUCCUUGGUCGAGGACUAAAUCAAUUAUUUGUUGCUAAGUGAAGUGGUCCAAGAUUAUGGAUAAUCAAGGGUUUGGAAAAUACCCCCCUUGGCUGCUACUCUCAGGAUCCUGUUUAUUACCAGUCCAUUUCUAUGUUAUCCUCAUGUCGAUUCAUUGGAUUGUCACUAAUCAUUCAAUGCAAAGGGCUUGGGAUCAGCACAAUGUCAGCAAUUUUUGACCAAAAACUUGUUAAGCCAAAUACAUAAUCAGAAGUACUGUUAAAAUUCUCAAAUUUGGAGUGUUUCUCCAAAUCACAGUAUGUUAAUAUUCUUGAUAGCUUUUUACCAAAACCUUGUGCAACACCUACUCCUUACUAUUCUAAAAAAGUAAAAAAAAGCAUGAUGUUCAAAAGUGAGUCUUGCUUCUUCCUGGAGUUCAGUUGUUUCAUCGAAAACUUUUUGUUACAUUCAGCUAUUAUAGAGCUCCUUCUCAUACAUUUUAAUCUAACUCACAAACGGCCUUGUGCUCACACCAAGCUUAUAACCUGUUUUGUUAUUCACAUUCCACAUCCACGGCAGUUUUCCUUCGAAUCCUAUUUUAAGAGUAACACCUGCACAUACAGCUUCUCCCGCAGCAUGUCUGUUUUCCUAUUUUACUUACUUCUCUUGUUUUCAUAGUAUGUAGUCUUGUUUGAAAUGCUCAGGAAGAAUUUCUUUACCUCAGAAAUAUGAAAUAAAGAAUGUAUGUAAUCUUAGGGUCUUAGAAGAGGGUGGGGCAGAGCGAGAUAAAGCAACGAGGAGAAACCUGACAGUCUUGUAAUACUCACUGCAGCUGGGCUUGUACCUCGGGAGAGAAACUUGAAUAUGCUACAAAGAGUAAAUUGAAUGUAAUUCAGGUAUUUCAAAGGAUAUUUGAUGCCAUAAAUCCAUGUAUUAUUAUAUAUGAAUAUAUAAAUACUUUUUUUUUCAGUUCUUUUACCCUUUAUUUUAAUUGUAGAUUAUGGUGAAGUGAUGAUUUUCUUCAAGAAAUGUGAUGUAGAAAACAGAAAAUAUUCCUCUUUUGUUGGACAAACUGCUUGCAAAUCUUGGAAUUGUGUUAUCUAGUGUUUACACAUUCUGUAUAUCUCCAUUGUUUUUACUGGUGCAAAAUUAUGAUUUGAAAAUGUAUAUAUGAUGCACACAAUCAUACAUGUGCACUCACAUUGACCAUUUUAGCACAAAGCAGCUUCCAAAAAGACCCUUCCACUGGUGCAAAGAAAAAAACGAUAUACUUGCAUAGCCCGAAUCUAAAUAUUCCCAGCUAAUGUGUACAUAUUGUGGAUAAACCCAACAUGUAGACAAUCCAGGAACACGUCUCCUUUUCUAGCAUUCCCUCAGUUCUGUUUUAACAAGCUGGAAAAACCUAGUCACUGGUCUGCAGGCAGAGGUCGUAUGUGUUACUGUUGCCAUGGUUCUAAGAAGGCAUACACAGGAUGAUGUAAUAUUUCCGACCAUCCUUUCUUCCAUCUGUCUCUCCCUUCCUCCUGCCCUCAUCAUUCUUUUUCUCUUUUUCUCUCUCUCCAAUGCAAUCUCAUUAGAUUGGAUUGCCCCCUGGCCACAAGCCUCAGUUACCAUGUGGCGUUGCAUCUUCUCCCCACCCCCCUUUCCCCUUCCCUUAUACCGAUUCCUCUGGAGUGGAAGUGGGCUGAUUGAUGUCCGGCAAUCCUAUAUCACAGCGCAGCCUUCCCUCACCAGCUGGUGGCUUCAGUCAUGCCAUACAGCCAGAUCAAUCAGUGACCCCCACUGUGCAUACUGAUCACUGUCUCAGAAAUUGGAAACACAUUUACAAAUUACAGAACGGCCUCUGCCUCUAGGCACGGGGUAACUUAGAUAACGCCACCAAUUACUCACAUGUAAUUACAGAAAUGAAAUAAUAAUAAAGACUUAGAGCUACGGCAUUUUGAUUCCCUGCAACUCCUCCUCUCGACAGUUUGUCCGACAAAACAAGCUUUUAUUUUGUAUGUUUUGAUCUGUUACCAUGGCAACUUUGUUCUUGGCUAUUGUACAUUUUCUGUAACCAUUUCUACCUCAUUUUUGCGGCAUAUUGUACAUGAAAGUAUUUAUUUCAUGUCUUUUUUGAUGUCUGUUUUUAAAUUGAUAAUAAUGUUCUUGAACUGUAAUAGUCUACCUCAGAAAAGACUGUAUUUUAAGAGAAGAGUAU